AUGCCUGCGAAUAAGAAGAAGCAGGUGGCCACACCACCAUCUUCCGAUGAAGAGCCGGAGGAAAGCGACUCAGGCAGUGAGCCUGAGGCCGCGCCCAAGAAGAAGAACCUCUUUGCCAUGAUGAUGGAUUCGGACGAGGAGGACUCAGAUGAGGAGGAGGAGGAGGAAGAAGAGGAGCCGCCGCCGAAGAAGCCGGAAAAGAAAGCCGAGAAGCCGGAGAAGGUCGAGAAGCCGGCCGAAAAAAAGGCGGAAAAGGCAGCAGAAAAGUCCGACAAAGUGGACAAGGACUCGUCGCCGGAAAAGAAGAAAAAGAAAGAUGACCAGGUGGAUGACGAGAUUGCCAUGUUUGGCGAGAAGAAGAAAAAGAAGAAAAGUGCAGACAAGGAGGAGAAGGAUUCCAAGGACGAGAAGAAGGACAAAAAAGAGAAGAAGGAAAAGAAAGAGAAAAAGAAGCGCGGCCCCACCGUCUGUGAAGUCGUAGAGGCCUCCCCGAUUCCCAAGAAGGACAAGCUGAAGCUUUGCAAGGUGCUAAUAGCUCCAGGUAUUGAUCCUGUUGAGAUCGUCACAAAUGCCCCGAACGUCAUUGCCAACAAGAAGUUCAUCGCGGCCCCUCCUGGCUACACUACAGCGAACGGGGUGGAGGUCAAAGUUUCCAAAGUGGGUGGCGUUGAGAGUCAAGGCAUGUUCUGUGGCCCAAAGGAAAUGGGAUGGGACUUAGACGUGCUGGAACCAGAUCUGGCAGUCAUGCUCGCAGAUUCCGCAGAACCUGGACAACCAGCACCUUCGUAUGAAGAAGCUGUGGAGGCCCUCAGAGAGCGGGAGCAAGAAGAAAUCAAGAAACGUGAGGAAGCAGCAAAGGCAGCAGCCGCCGCGAAAGCAGCAGCCAGCAAGGAUGACAAGAAAGGCGGCAAUAAGAAGAAGAAGGGAAAGGGCAAGGACGAUGACGAAGACCUGGAUGAAGUUUUGGCGGACUUCAAGGAGGAGGCUCCAGGCGACGACGCUAAGUCCGCAAAUCAGAAGAAAAAGGACAAGAAAAAAGCACAGAAGGCAGCAGAUGAUGACGACUUUGAUGCUGCCCUUGGCGAGUUCCAACCUGAAAAGCCCGAGCCAAAGGCCAAGGCAGGACCAAAGUCAGCAGCUGAGAAGAAGAAGGCCCAGAAGAAAGCUGCCGAUGAGGACUUCGAUGCGGCUUUGGACGAGUUUGAGGAUGACAAACCCGAGCCAAAGGCCAAGGCGGGACCGAAGUCAGCAGCUGAGAAGAAGAAGGCCCAGAAGAAGGCUGCCGAUGAGGACUUCGAUGCGGCCCUAGACGAAGUCCAGGAGAAGAAGGAGACGCCUGUUGAAGAAUCUGCUCCAGAGCCCAAGGCCAAGGCAGAAGCAAAGUCGGCAAGUGCAAAGAAAAAGGAGAAGAAGAAAGGCCAGAAGGGUGCUGCAGAAGAUGACGACUUCGAUGCAGCCUUAGAGGAGCUCGGUGGCGACAAGACAAAAGCCCAAGAGACCAGCCCAGCAGCAGCCGAGGAGGCACCCCAGGAGCCAAAGAAAGCUGCAGAGGCUGACAAGGAGGACAAGGAGGACAAGGAGGACAAGGAGGACAAGGAGGAUGAGGAGAUGGAUGCCAAGACGCUCGCCAACCGUAAGAAGAAGGAGAAGAAGGCGAAGGCAAAGGCAAAGCAGAAGACAGGAGGAGAAGGGAUGUGGGCCUCAGCAGAGCCAGCAGAGGCUGAGGAGAAAGCCGAGGAACCCAAGGAACCCAGCAGCCAGAAGCCCAAAGCCAAGGCCACCCAGCCGAAGAAGGAGAGCGCCAUUGUUAGGGCUGCUCGGGAGCGCCUGGAGGCGGAGCAGAAACUGGCGGAAGAGAAGCGUGCCUUCGAAGAGGCGGAGCGGAAGCGAAUUGAGGAGGAGCAGCGUGCCAUCGAGGAAGAGGAGAGGAGAUUGGAAGAAGAGCGCCAGAAGCGCCGAGACGCCAAGGCUGCCAAGAUUGCGAAGCAGAAGGCGGAGGGCACCUAUUUGACCAAGGCACAGAAGCUCAAAGCCCAGCGUGCAGCACAGCUGCGUGAGCAGUUCGGCUUUACCAUGGACAAGGAAGAGGAUGAGGACGCCGAGAAGGGGGAGAAGGAUGACAAGGAGGAGAAGGAGAAACAGAAGCGUCCCAUGGCCACCAAGCUGAAGAAGAAGAGGCAGGCCCAAGGUGAGGAGGGCUCACUUGAGAAGGAAAAGGAAGAAAAGGACGAACCUCCAGUGGAGAGACAGGAGAAGAAGGAGGAGAAGCAUGAGAAGAAGCCAGAGAAGAAGGAGGAGAAGCCGGUUGAAAAGGAGGACGAGGAGAGUGAUGGCUGGGAGAAGCUUGAUGAGCAGGAGGAAGAGAAAGAGGAGGCCGGCAAGGAGGAUGAAGAGGCCUCUGAAGAUGAGAGCGGGGACGAGAGCAGCAGCUCCAGCAGCUCUUCUUCUUCAUCCUUCAUGGGGUACCGUUCCCCAGUCAUCUGCAUCAUGGGGCAUGUCGACACAGGCAAGACGAAGCUUUUAGACAAGAUCCGCCGAACCAAUGUGCAAGAAGGUGAGGCUGGUGGCAUCACACAGCAGAUUGGAGCGACGUUCUUCCCGGACAUUGCGCUGCAAGAGCAGACCAGGAAGGUGGACGAGGAGUUUGAGUUGGAGGUGCCCGGUCUGCUGAUCAUUGACACGCCAGGUCAUGAAUCCUUCAACAACCUUCGGAUGCGUGGAUCCUCUUUGGCCGACCUUGCCAUCCUUGUCAUUGACAUUAUGCACGGGCUGGAGCCGCAAACGGUUGAGUCACUGGAGCUGCUGAAGAAGCGCCGCUGCCCUUUUAUCAUAGCGCUGAACAAGAUCGACAUCCUCUACCAGUGGAAUGCAAAGUCCUACACUAGUGUCCAGGAGGCACUGGACCGACAAGAGCAGUCCGUACGGAUGGAAUUUCAGACACGCUAUAACAACGUGAUGCUCCAGCUGAAUGAGCGCGGGCUGAAUUGCAGCCUGUAUUGGGAGAACGAUGACCCUCGGACGUCUGUGUCCAUCGUGCCAACCAGUGCUCUCACUGGUGAGGGUGUGCCGGACUUGUUGUACAUGAUCCUCAAACUCACCCAAGACCUGAUGGGGGGCAAGCUGGAGAGCAAGGAAGAGCUUGAGUGCACAGUGAUUGAGGUCAAAAACAUCGAGGGUUUGGGUACUACCAUCGAUGUGGUGCUGCUCAACGGCACCCUUCGCGAGGGUGACACGAUUGUGCUGGCUGGCUUAGGUGGGCCGAUUGUCACGACCAUCCGAGCACUGCUGACGCCUCAACCGAUGAAGGAGAUGCGGGUCAAGAACGAAUACGUCAAGCACGCACAGAUCAGCACGUCCAUGGGUGUGAAGAUCUCAGCGCCAGGGCUCGAGGAGGCUGUGGCCGGUACCCAGCUACUCGUUUGUGGGCCAGACGACGAUCUCGAGGAGCUGAAGGACGAAGCAAGCGAAGGUUUUGAGAGCAUCCUCAACGACUUCGCCAAGGAACCAGCAGGGGUCUACGUCAAGGCCAGCACGCUCGGCUCACUGGAAGCGCUGCUGUCCUUCCUUCAGGACAUGAAGAUUCCCGUGUUUGACGUGGGAAUCGGAGAAGUGCACAAGAAGGACGUCAAAAGAGCAACAAUCAUGAAGGAGAAGAAGCAUCCAGAGUAUGCGCUGAUUCUGGCCUUUGAUGUGAAGGUCAACCCAGACGCCCAAAAGCAAGCAGACACAGACGGUGUCACCAUCUUUACUGCAGACAUCAUCUACCACCUGCAAGACAAGUUCACCAAAUACAUGGAGAAGUUCCGUGAGACCCAGAAGACGGAAACAAGGAAAGAUGCUGUCUUCCCAGUGAUUUUGCAGGUCGACAAGCAGCAUAUUUUCCGCAAGCAAGAUCCGAUCAUCCUGGGGUGCCAGGUGUUAGCUGGCCAGUUGAGAUCGGGCACCCCACUGUGUAUACCUGACAAGGACGACUUGGCCAUUGGGCAUGUGGCCAGCAUUGAGAUCAACAAGAAAGGGGUGCCAAAGGCCCGCCGAGGUGACACCGUUUGUGUGAAGAUUGAGCAGACGACGGCGCAGAACCACAUCAUGUAUGGACGCCACUUUGACUUCAGCAACAAGAUUUACUCGAAGAUUACCCGCGAAAGCAUUGACACGCUGAAAGAGCACUUCAAAGAUGAGAUGAUCAAGGAGGACUGGGAGGCGGUCAUUGGCAUGAAAAAGAUCUUCAACAUCCAGUGA